UGUCAUCAAUGUCAUCUAUUCAUAUGUCAAAAUUCCGUGUCAUUUCUAAAUAUCUAAAUCCUUCUAAAAACAGCCAAAGGAGUUUAUUUUAGUUGAAGUAAAUAAAUUUUAAACUAAAAAAAAUGAACCAAGCUAAAGUUUUAAAUUUGAUGUCAAAAAUAAAUUUUAGAAUAUUUCCAAAGGCGCGUAACCUUAAAAAUGUUGAUGGACCCGAAGGAAGAAUUUUGAAGUUACAAAAGUCAAUGACAGCUCUUUUAAAAUAUGAAAGAAUAGAGAUGAACUAUAAUCGCGCUGAUGAAACUAGAGGUUACAUUGAACUGUUAAUAUUAAAAGCUCUACAUUGUGGACCUCAAGAUAAAAUGACGAUGGAGUUGGCUAAUUUUUGGAUUCUGGAAAAACAGUUGGUUUACAAACUUUUUAAUCCAUUAAUUCAACGAUUUCACAAAUGUAAUCCGCCAUAUACGAAUUUUUAUACAUCACCAAGGGAUUAUCCAGGAAUGUACUACAAGAGAGUAAUUUUAGAAUUGAAAGGGCAUCCUUUUCCAGAAAUAUCAACACGGUCAUCACAUAAAGGACCUUUAAUUCAGAAUUUAUUAUUGAACGAAGCUAGAAGAGAGUAUUGCUUACAAAAAUAUUUUAUUACUAAAAUAAAACCAUAAACUUAAUUACAUAUUUACAUAAUUUAUUAACAUUUCUUAUUAUAUGUUGAAAAUGUAAUUAUUAUAAUAUACUGUAGGUAUUCCUUU